AUAACAGAACACAAGCUGAUCAAGUUAUAGACUGAUAGAAAUAUACUCGUACUAAAAUCAAAAUUAAAUAUAGUUAAGUACAUACUCUGAUACCGUAUAUAAACAUCGUACACACAGUUGAUGGGAAGAACUGGGAUCGCCAAAGCACCAACACUGCUAUUAAGGAGUUGGAAGCAAUUUCAAGGUCGUGCAGGAAUAAGUAGCAAAGCUGCAAAACCAAACCCCAUGAAGGUCAGUUACUUUGGAGAUACUUCCGACCAUAAUCUCAACUUCGGUGGCGAAGAGGAGAGCUGGGUCCCACACCCACGCACCGGAAUAUUCUUUCCGCCGGGACAAGAGGCGGUGAUGGAAGACGUUCCUGACGGUGCAGCCUCCUUCGACAUGACGUUUUGGAUAAGGAACGUCGACGGUGUUGAUAAACCUGAUCCUGAUCUUUAUCAUCACCUUCGUUACUAGGGAUAAAAUUAAUAUGUUACUACUAAUCUCUUAUGAUUGAGAGAUGAAAAUAUCAUAAGGGGACACUAUAUAGUAUAUGUAACUAUAUAUAUUGAAUAAUCUCAAGGAAAUGAGAGGAAUGGUAUAUACGUACAACGUUUGAUUAUGUUCCUUUUCAUAUGAUGGAUGAAGAAGUUUAAUAGUUAAAUUA